AUGGCGUCGCCCCCAGCGCUCGAGCGUCGCCAGAAACAGCACGAGAGUCUCCGCAAGAUCGUGCUGCGUCGAUACAUCCGUCGAUGGGCGUCAAAAUCGGCACAGGAGCGAAAGUAUGUGGCCGAGAACCUGGAACAGCUCUUCUAUGCCUCGUCGUCCCUGUCGUCCUCGUCUCUUACAGCGUCUCCUAGUGCCCCACGACGCAUCACACGUCGUCCUAAUGCUCAAGAGAUCAAGACCUGUGUCCUCUCCAGUGUCUGUCCGUGUUUCCCGCCGUCCUGCGAGGCUCUACGUGCCGAAAUGUGGCAAAUCCUGCUCGACGUCUCCAAGCGCUCGCAACUGGGCGCAGCAGCUCACGAACAGCAUCUGGAACGGACGCUGCAGCGUGUGGGCAAAUUGCCACGGGACGCGCUUUUGUGCCGUGAGUGUCGGGAUGUGGCGACGUCGAUGCCUGGACCAAUGGACGCUGCAGCUCGAGAUAAGGUGCAGCAAGAACUUGAGGUGCUGCUCAUGUGGUUCUUGACGACUAAAAGUGUCGCCUACGUGACGGGUAUGGCGCGUGUCGUGGCGUCGUUUGUCGGGCUGCAGAUGCCACUCCCGACGGUCUACGACUGCUUCUACCAGUUUUGUGCGACAUUUGUACCACAUUUUGUUGUUGCUGAUACGGGAAGCAAUGCAACCGACAGUACAGCGAGUCUAAGUGGAGGACCGUUAUCGAGUAGUCGUCGAUCGAGCAAUGCUAGUGGGGAUGAAACUGGGACUGCUGGGCCAUUGAGAGCGCACGAGCGCUCGAGUUCUGUGGACUCGACGUCGUCGAUUGGUGAAGAGAACAUACGACGUGCAGAUGAUGAGGAGACGCAGACAUUGAAUCGUGAACGACAGCAGUUGGUCGAUCAACUCCUGAGCUACCAUGCACCACACCUUGCGCAUUGUUUGAAUCAAUGGUGUGGCAAUGAAUGGAGCGAGGUGGGCAAGUUGUUUCCAGCUGACUUUCUGAUUGGCCAUUUGUACCAAGUUGUCGCGCCAAGUGCGUUCGUGUACGUGAUUGACCAGUACUUGCUCACGGGCGACUCGCUCUUUGGACUCUUUAUUGUAACGGCAGCUAUCAUUGGGCGACAAGACGUGCUGUUGAGCUGUGAGUCGACGGAAGAAGUGCAGACGCAAAUUCGCGCGACGUUUGAUGCAAAGGCUUUUGCUGAUGAGGAGAAUGUUCGUUAUUUGUGCUUGUUGGCCUCACGUCUGCGUAGCAAGACACCCAAGACUUACAUGUGCUCGCAGCGUGAGGCUACGGUCGACAUGAAAUGCUCUUCGCGUCAGGCGAUCGAGAUCGCCUUUGGCUCGGAAGCGGGCGUGGUUGCUGAGAAAAUGCAGUCUAUGUUUCGAAACCGAAGCACGAGUACACCGUCAUCUGGUGGUCUUAGUGCGCCAUCAAGCUCGGACCGGAAGUCGGCCACCGAGACUGCAGUCGAUAUGUCGCAAUGGGCCAUGAAGGAGUCGCGGUCGAUUGCGGGCAAGAUAUUCUGGUACCACACGAAGACUGGAAAGACUCAGUGGGAACACCCAGCGGAAAAACACGAUCCGCCAUCGGCCUAUUUUGCACUUCCAGUAAGUGUUAAAGAAGUGGGCGCACAGCUCAUAGGCGGUAGCGAGAAGGCUGGUGAUCAUCAGCAGGAUUUGGGAAGUAGUAACAUUCGUUUCUUUGUCGUGGACUGUCGGGGGUUGCGCAGCUCAGGAGAUUUGAAGAGCGGUCGAAUCCCAGUGGCUUACACUCUCGACCCGUCUGUAUUUGAUUCACCCGAGCUCCUAGCAAAGAGUAUGGAAGCUUUCGACCCAAUGAAGUCUCAAGUUCAUGUCGUGUUGGUCGGUCAUGGUGUUGGCAUUCCUCCUGAGCUCGUUUCUUCGGAAGACGUUAAAACAAGCAUUCGCGAUGCCGUUCGUCUCGAUGUUGACUGCCUUAACCAGGCCGCGCUUUUUUUCCAAAAGCGUGGAUUCCGUUUUGUGAGCACGCUGGAUGGGGGAUACUCGUCAUGGCACGCGUUCAUGCGUGAUCGCGCUGGUUCGUCACCGCAGGAGCUGUUGGACCACGUCACUGAUCAGUGCGUGUACUGCCGUUACGACACAAUCCUUCGCACCGGCGAGGAUCCGUUGAAAAAGAUUCCGAAGCAGAAGAAGUCACGACGCAAAAAGACAAUGCCUACAAUGACAUCGAUGCCUGUGAACGGUGGGGACGGCGACGCGAGUAUCACCUCGACAAGCGAAAGUACCCUGUCUAACAGCGGCAGCAGCGACAGGAGCAGUGCGCGUAGCGGUAGACGUCAACUAUCUCUUUCCCGAAAGUCAAUUACUUCGAUGAGGAGCAAGCUGGCCGAGGUGUCGAUUCCGAAGAAGUGGGGGUGGAGACGGCGGUCCUCGGGAACUGUGAAUAAUCAAAACGACAGCGGGUCAUCAUCUGAGGCGGCGACGGCAGAAGAUGGGGGCAGUGACCAUGGGUCAAUUACCGACGAUUUGGAACAGAAAUUCGACGAGGCAACACACGAGAUGCUGCGUGCUGCGCUCGAAGAGCCGGACUACUUGGACAUGAAUGGGGCGGACACAGAUGCCAGUCGGGAUGCCAAGUUUGAGGGUGUUUUCACGAUAGAUUAUAGCGAUGAUGAAAUUGAAGACAAGGCUAACGAAAAGGGUAAGGGACAGGUGGCCCAUGGCCGCGAUUCGCACGGUGACACCGACGCGUCCAAGGACAUUGAGCCCGAGGCGAUUGCUAGUUCUGGUGCGACUUUCGGAGCUGGGGCUGUGGCAGCAACACCAUAA